ACUCACUCCUUCUUCACUCACCCCCCCCUGAAUGAAUAUUCCUGAACCAUCAACAGACUCCAACACCACCUUGGUCUCCUUCUUCUUCCUCCUCUCGAUCUACAUGCGUAUCUCCUCUCUUUCUUCUCUACUAACUGUCUCUUCAAUCUCCUCCGAAGAGUCUGUGAGGAGGUUUCUGUAGCCACCUUUUCCAGCGUCUUGUUUUAUACUGUGUUGGCAUUUCUUGCCAUUGACAAUUCCCUUUCGCUUUGCUUCUAUCGCCGGUUUUCUGCAUGGGACUCCGGCUGAACCCACUAGCUUUGACGCCGUCUUUGGCGGCGACCCUUUAUGGUUAGAUGCAAGAAAACGAAAGUCACACCUACCAUCAUGGUUCGAGUACUACUAGCUCGACUCCCGACGGGAGCCCCGUUUUGACGUUGAAUCUUAGAGAGCGUGAAGAGCCUGUUUUUUACGCCAAUUUGGACCCGCUUUGCCCAAUGGCUUCCACGACCUCCACAUCCACCGAGCCGCUUCCUUCCAUCGACGAUAUAGCGGUCAAGGCCGUGAACAAACGGUAUGAAGGAUUGGUCACUGUGCGAACUAAAGCCAUAAAGGGCAAAGGAGCUUGGUACUGGGCGCAUUUGGAACCCGUUCUGAUUCGAAAUCCCGAUACCGGGGUUCCAAAAUCCGUGAAGCUGAAAUGCUCUUUGUGUGACUCUGUGUUCUCGGCCUCGAACCCGUCGAGAACUGCUUCGGAGCACUUGAAGAGGGGCACGUGCCCCAAUUUUAGCUCCGGUUUGAGGCCCAAUUCGUCGCUCUCGCCGAUGCCGAUAUCUUCAGUGGCUUUGCCUGCUUCCAACAAUCACAAAAAGAGAAGCUCUCCUCAAACGGUUCCGACUUCUCCUCCUUCAAGUUAUCAAAAUAAUUCCUUGGCAAUGGUCGAGUCCUCUCGGUUUUACGGCGAAUUGAGUUAUUCACAGGUGCAGAACUCAGUUGGGAUAAAUCAGCAGCAUUUGGUGCUUUCUGGUGGGAAGGAGGAUUUGAGUGCAUUGGCCAUGUUUGAAGAUAGUGUGAAAAAACUCAAGAGUCCUAAGGCCUCACCAGGUCCUGUUCUAAGCAAGGAACAGAUUAACUCUGCUCUGGAGUUGCUCGCGGAUUGGUUCUACGAAUCAUGUGGGUCUGUGUCGUUCUCAGCUCUUGAGCAGGCCAAAUUUCAAGCCUUCCUCAGCCAGGUGGGUUUGCCGACAACAACUCUGCGACGUGAAAUCUCGGGUUGUCGACUUGAUGCUAGGUUCAAUGAGGUCAAAGCCGAGUCAGAAGCCAAAAUAAGAGAUGCUAUGUUUUUUCAAUUAUCUAGUGAUGGCUGGAAGAACGAGAACUGGUACAGCUUGUGUUGUGGGGGAGAGAAUUUAGUGAAGUUUACUGUUAAUCUUCCAAAUGGGACUAGUGUGUUCCAAAAGGCAGUGUUUACUGGGGGAGUCACGUCCUCCAAGUAUGCGGAGGAGCUUUUAUGGGAAACGGUCGCAGGUGUAAGUGGAAAUGUUGUGCAGAGAUGUGUGGGAAUUGUGGCAGACAAAUAUAAGGCCAAAGCGUUGAGGAACUUGGAGUUUCAGAAUCACUGGAUGGUAAAUAUUUAUUGUCAGCUUCAGGGGUUCAUUAGUUUAAUCAAGGAUUUUAACAAAGAGCUCCCACUUUUCAGGGUUGUGACUGAGAAUUGCCUUAAAGUUGCAAAUUAUAUAAACAAUGAAUCUCAGGUUAGGAACAUUUUUCUCAAGUACCGGAUGCAGGAGCUUGAAUACACGGGGUUGCUUCGAAUUCCAUCGCCCAAAUGUGAUUAUUUGAAUAACUUUGCAUCUGUCUUUCCAAUGUUGGAGGACAUACUGGGCUGUGCUAGGGUGAUCCAAAUGGUUAUGUUGGAAGACUCGUUUAAAGUAACAUGCGUGGAGGAUCCACAAGCGAGAGAAGUUGCUGCAAUUGUUCAGAGUGAGGGAUUCUGGAACGAAUUGGAGGCAGUUUAUUCUCUUGUAAAGUUGAUCAAAGCGACGGUUCAAGAUAUUGAGGCUGAGAGGCCACUGAUUGGUCGAUGCCUGCCUCUCUGGGAGGAAACAAGGACCAAAGUGAAGGAGUGGUGUGCAAAGUACAACGUUGCAGAAGGACCUGUGGAGAAAAUACUUGAAAAAAGAUUCAGAAAGAAUUACCACCCUGCUUGGUCGGCUGCAUUUAUACUCGACCCACUUUACUUGAUCAAAGACGCUAGUGGGAAAUACCUUCCUCCAUUCAAAUGCUUGACGCGUGAACAAGAAAAAGAUGUAGAUAAGUUACUAACAAGGCUAGCUUCAAGAGAAGAUGCUCAUGUUGUGUUGAUGGAGCUCAUGAAAUGGAGGUCAGAAGGGCUCGACCCACUUUAUGCACAGGCUGUUCAGAUGAAACAAAAGGACCCUGUGACUGGGAAGAUGAAAGUAGCCAACCCACUAAGCAGUAGACUUGUGUGGGAAACUUGCUUGAGUGAGUUUAAGUCUCUAGGGAAGAUUGCUGUAAGGCUUAUUUUUCUGCAUGCGACCUCAUGUGCGUUCAAGAGUAAUUGGUCUUUCAUGAGAAAAGUAACUGCAAAUAAGAACUCCCGAGUUGGAUUGGAGAGAGUUCAGAAGAUGAUAUACAUUGCUGCUCAUGCCAAACUUGAAAAGAGAGACAUUUCUUGUGAGGAAGAAAAGGAUGCAGAACUCUUUGCCAUGACGGGUAGUGAGGAUGGAAUGCUGGCUGAAGUCUUUGCUGAGGCACCCGUAGUGUAAUGUGCUCCUUUUCUUUUCAAACUCCUGUAGAAUUCUGUAACUGUAGGAUUUAUCAUAUUCUUUCCUGAACUUGUUUACUAUGGAAAAAUUUUCGUGAUUGUGACUGAAAAAAAGGAAAAAAAAAAAAAAACCAGAUAGUGGAAGGGUCUCAAAAACCCAGUUAGCGGCUGUGGUAUCACAUUUUAUUUUAUUAAAUCAUCAAUCUUUUUCCCCGGCUGUUAUUUUGGGUUUUUAGAGUUUGUGGAAGAACUUCAGUUCAUUUAUGAGAAAAAUAACCAUGCAUCCAGGAAGAAAGCCAGAAGAAUGUCAUAGAAAUUUCCUCGAGUGCUUUGUUCUGAGAAUUAUUCUUAUUCUUGUAUUUCAAAACGAACUUUUCACUUAAAAGCUGCGGUACAUAAGAUCUUAUGAAAUGCAGAUAAAGAAUUGGCCUCAGUGAACGACGUCGUGUCAUUCACUUCCUCGUGUGGGAAAUUUGAAGCUUCCGGCUGUUGCUGAGAUACCCGAUAAAAAAUUUAGUCCUCUUCACUUUAUGUAAAAUGGAUGAAAUCGGAUACUCUCAUAUAGUAUAUAGGCAAUAGCAUAAUAAUGAUGGUCAUGUAAGUAAAGACAUAGACACUUUCUUUUUCGUU